AUGGAACCCGCGAUUGAAGUCGGCGUCCGCCGCAAGACCUUCUUCCAGACCGCGCUGCCCGUCUUCGCCUGCGGUGCCGGUCUCUUCUCCGACGGCUACGUCAACAACGUCAUUGGGUCCGUCAACACCGUCCUCAAGCUCGAAUACGGCACCGUCUACACCGAUUCCAACGCCUCCAAGUAUGUCUCGGACAUUGCCUUUGUCGGCACCGUCGUCGGCCAGCUCUUCUUUGGCUUCCUGGCCGACCGCUGGUCGCGCUCCAACUCGCUGCUCGUGUCCACCGUCAUCCUCAUCGUCUUUACUGCGCUGGCCACGGGCUCGUACUAUCACGGCGAUGCUGUGGGCAUGUUCAACAUGCUGACUGCCUGGCGCUUCUUUGUCGGUAUUGGUAUUGGAGGCGAAUAUCCCGCUGGCAGUGUUGGCUGCGCUGAGACGAGCGGCGAGCUCAAGGAGGGCACCCGCAACCGCUGGUUCAUUCUCUUCACCAACACCAUGAUUGACUGGGGCUUCGUCAUUGGCGCAUUUGUCCCUUAUGUCGUUGCCGCUGCUACCCACGACGGCCGCCUCAGCACCAUCUGGCGCACUUCUCUCGGAAUCGGUGUUGUCUUCCCCUUCAUCCUCUUCAUCCUCCGACUCAGACUCAAGGAGCCUGAUGAGUUCAACAAGGAGUCCAUGAGGCACAAGACGCCCUACCUGCUGGUCCUCCGCUACUACGGCUUCCGUCUGCUCGCCGUGAGCAUCGUUUGGUUCCUCUACGAUUUCUCUACGUACGCCUUUGGCAUCUACACCUCGUCUAUCCUGUCUGGCAUCUACUCCUCCACCGCUCCCCUCACCACCAUUUUCGGAUGGAACACCGUCAUCAACCUGUUCUACAUUCCCGGAACCAUGAUUGGUGCCUUUGCCAGUGACUACAUUGGUCCCAAGUACACCUUGAUCAUUGGUGUUGUUCUGCAGGCUGUCAUCGGCUACAUCAUGGCUGGUGUCUAUGACCAGAUCUCCAAGCACAUUGCUGCCUUCGCCGUCGUGUACGGCAUUUUCCUGAGUUUUGGAGAGUUUGGCCCUGGCAACAACAUUGGACUCUUGGCCGCCAAGUCCUGCGCUACUGGUGUUCGUGGUCGUUACUACGGUAUUGCCGCUGCCGUUGGCAAGAUUGGCGCCUUUGUCGGGACCUGGGUCUUCCCCCGCAUUGAAGCAGCUGGUGGCAACGAUCCCACAAAGGUUGCCCAGUAUCCCUUUUGGGUCGCCUCUUCUCUGGCGCUGCUGUCUGCUCUCAUUACCUUCUUCUUCAUUCCCAACGUUGGCCAGGAUACCAUCACUCACGAGGACAUCAAGUUCCGCGAGUACCUCGAGAGCCACGGCUGGGAUACUACCCAGCUCGGCCUGGACAACAAGACUGACUCCAACCCUACUUACAAUGAGGAGGAGCAUGUCGUCCAGAAGAAUCUGCAGUAG